AUGGUGGGGAAGUUGCGGCCUGUGCUAUGGACACUCUGUGCAGUCUGGGUGACUGUCAGUGCCAUCUCUGUGGAAACGCCCCAGGAAAUUCUUCGGGCUGCCCAGGGAAAGAGCGUUACCCUUCCAUGCACCUACCGCACUUCUGUCUCCAACAGAAAUGGAUUUAUCCAAUGGGACAAACUUCUAAGGAGUCACUCGGAAAGGGUGCUCAUCUGGGAAUUUUCGAUGAAAAACUACAUCUACGGUGACCUCUAUAAGAACCGUGCCAACAUCUCGAGCAGAGCCGAACACUCGGAUGCCUCCAUCACCAUCAGCCAGCUUACCAUGGAUGACCACGGCACGUACGAGUGCUCGGUCUCCCUGAUCGAAGACCUGGCGGGAACCUCUAAGUCACGCGUCAGGCUCUUGGUCCUGGUGCCGCCCUCCAAACCAGACUGCGCCAUCGAGGGAGAGACUCUGAUUGGGAACAACAUCCAGCUGACCUGCCAGUCGAAGGAAGGCUCUCCGGCCCCUCAGUACAGCUGGAAGAGCUAUGAUGUCCUCAACAAGGAGCGGCCAGCCCCAGCAGUCACAGGCCAGACCUUGUCUCUGAAGAACAUCUCCACAGACAUGUCGGGUUAUUACAUCUGCACCUCGAGCAAUGAGGUGGGGACCGAGUCCUGUAACAUCACCGUGGCCGUCAGACUUCCUUCCAUGAACGUGGCCUUGUACGCGGGCAUUGCGGGGGGCCUGGCCGCAGCCUUCAUCACGCUGGGCGUUGCCAUCUGCUGCUGCUGCCGGGGGAAGGGCAGGGCCGAGGACGCAAAGCCGAAUCGGAUGAUCUACCAGAAGCCUCCAGAGCAGGUGAGGGAGCUUCAGACAGAGCAGGAGGAGGACGACUACGGGCAGGAAGACCGCAGGAGCACGGGGCGGGGGUCCCCUGGCCACGUCGACCGGUGA